AUGAAUAAAUUAGCUGCAGUUGUUGUCCUCACCUUGGCCUCGUUGGCUGCCGUGUCGGCUCAGUGUCCGCGAAUUAUAACCCGUGCCGGUUGGGGAGCUCGCGCUGCCAACACAGCCGUUCUGCCGAAUCAGCCAGCCCCAUGGGUCGUGAUGCAUCACACUGCCGGAGCCCACUGCACCACCGAUGCUGCCUGUGCCCAGCAGAUGCGUAACAUCCAAGGUUGGCACAUGGAUGGCAACGGAUGGGCUGACAUCGGCUACAACUGGUGCGUCGGUGAGAACGGUGCCGCCUACGAAGGUCGCGGCUGGGGUCGCCAGGGUGCCCACGCUCCGGGAUUCAAUGACCGCUCGAUGGGUAUUUGCGUUAUGGGAACCUUCACCAACUCCAUCCCGAACCUUGCCGCCCGUAACGCGGCUCAGCAGCUGAUUUCGUGCGGUGUUUCAGGGGGACACAUUGCCGGAGGAUACUGGCUUAUUGGACAUCGUCAGGCGAGCGCCACGGCCUGUCCCGGAGAUGCUUUCUUCAACGAAAUUCGCAACUGGCCGAGAUUUAAUCCUAACCCUUGAACAACGUUUGCUGCUCGUGAAAUAAAGUGGAUUCUUUUUGUUUUGUAAUACCAUCGCAACAGUGUGAGAGAGCAAAUCCUCCCAGUUGGCUUUGAGGUAUGACUUUGGUUUAUCAAGGCGGUCGUCGUAUAUUCGAAUCUUGACUGGAG